AUGUUUGCCCCUGAGGAGUAUGCAGUGGUCUUGCUCAUGUUGGUAUUAUCACUAGUGAUCGGAGUGUACUUCACAUUUUGGUCUCGCCAGGACAACUACACUGACUACAUGCUCGGUGGAAGGUCAAUGGGGGUGUUUCCUGUAGCCAUGUCCCAAGUGGCAAGCCACAUAUCCGGGAUCGCCAUAGUUGGCACGCCUGCCGAAACUUACUCCUACGGGUCCCUCUUCGCUGUGGGGAUGAUCGCUGAUUUGAUAGUUCCUUUCAUCAACAUCGCCCUGUUCUUGCCGAUAUUCUACAAUCUGCAGCUCAAGUCGCUGUUUGAGUAUCUUGAACUUCGCUUCAGCCACAGUGUACGGGUGCUUGGAUCCCUCAUAUUCACGAUAUCACAGAUUGUGUACCUGCCGGCAAUAAUAUACGUCCCAGCUUUAAUUUUCAAUCAAGUUUCAGGGAUGCCAGUUCAAGCAGUUGCCCCCAUAAUAUGUGCAAUCUGCAUCUUCUAUACAACCUUUGGUGGACUAAAGGCUGUACUCUGGACAGACGCAUUUCAGAAUCUCUUCUCCCUCAUUGCCGUCCUCUGUGUCAUGUUCCUGGGCGUCUACCGUGUAGGAGGCGUCGCAGAGAUCCAUCGGAUCAACCUGGAGGGAGGCAGAGAGGAAUUCUUCAUCAUGGAGCUUUCCCCUUUUGUAAGAAGUUCCUUUUGGACAAUUCUCAUAGGCAACAUGAUGAAUUGGAUGUGCAACUUGGCGGUUCAUCCUGGAGCGGUGCAAAGAUGUCUCUCGGUGCCCACACUCAGCAAAGCCAAGAGAGUAUUGCUAUGGACGUCGUUUGGAGUAUUCUUCGUUCACGGGUUGGUAAUAUACUUGGGGAUGAUUUUGUACGCCAGAUACUACGGCUGUGACCCAAUUGCUACUGGGGAAGUCAAGAAGACUGGCCAGCUGGUCCCAUUGUUUGUGAUGGAGGUGACCAAAGGAUAUCCUGGGCUUGCAGGACUGUUUGUCUCUGGUGUUCUCAGUGCUGCAUUGAGUUCAAUGUCUUCUUCUCUCAACACCAUGACUGGCUCCAUUUACGAAGACUUGGUGGAGUUUUGCUUCAGAGGACACAAACUAUCAGAUGUCACACAGUCUUACGUGAUGAAAUGUAUUUCUCUCCUGCUUGGUGUUCUAUGUACCUCUUUGGUCCUUCUAGUCGAAAAGACAGACAGUAUCUUUCAGAGGAUAGUGUGGUGGCGACCCAGCGUGCAUUUCGUAGACGGUUUGGUUUGA